AUCUUCCUCAUCCAAGAUUAUAGAGAGGAAUUAAGCUACUCUCUUUCUGAAGUAUCUACAAUUACAAGUCGAUCGUUCUCUCCGACCCGCUCGCCUAUAUAUUGAAUCUCAUUCGGGUUGGCGGGGGAAGCUGGGAGUGUUUUCUGCUUUGAUUCGGGGUGAGAUAUACACCCAGUGAAUCAAGGAAAGAAAAAGGAUAAGAUCUAAGAUCAAGAUGUUAGGCAAAAUAGUUGUUUCGAUUUUUUCUCUUAUUCUUGUUGUCGGUGUGGCUAUUGCUGUUGUGGCUGUCGUUCACCACAAUGGCAGCACAAAGGCGGGCGAGAACCUGUCUCCAUCAAUGAAGGCCGUAGCCGAGAUCUGCGGAAAGACAGAUUACAAGGAAGCUUGCCAGAAGAGCCUUAGCUCUGCGGCAGAGAAUGGAAAUACCGACCCUAAGGAAUUCCUCAAGGCUGCUAUCCAAUCAACCAUCAACGAGGUGGCCAAGGCGUCCAACUUCUCCGAUAAACUCAUUCAGAACAUGUCCGGCGCCAACCCCAGGGUGAAAAUGUCAGCCGAAGAUUGCAAGGACUUGUUACAAUUUGCCGCCGACGAGCUCCAGGCCUCAUUCUCUACGGUCGGAGACGCCAACAUGCACACCGAGAAUGACCGGAGUGCUGACCUUAAGACCUGGUUGAGCGCUGUCAUCUCGUACCAGCAAACCUGCCUUGAUGGGCUCGAAGAGGCACCCGAAUACCAUAGCCUCAUGAAACAGAACCUUCAAGAUGCCUCUGCACUCACCAGCAACGCUCUCGCGAUCGUUUCCGAGCUCGCCGAUUUUCUUAAGUCCUUUGGUUUGGAGUUUAAAAUCAAGCCCAGUGGUCGUCGACUCCUUAGCCAGGACGGGUAUCCAUCAUGGUUCUCCGCCUCCGACCGCAAGCUUUUGGCUUCGCACAACAAUGGUGGUGUCGUACCCAACGCUGUUGUGGCCAAGGAUGGUAGCGGGCACUUCAAGACCAUUGCUGCAGCACUCGCCGCUUACCCCAAGAACCUUAGAGGCCGGUAUGUCAUUUAUGUUAAGACCGGAGUCUAUGACGAGUACAUCACCGUGGCAAAGGAUCAAAAGAACAUCUUCAUGUAUGGUGAUGGACCCAGAAAGACCAUUGUCACUGGCCGUAAGAGCAACCGCGAUGGAUUCUCCACCUUCAAGACUGCCACUUUCUCGGCCAUUGGAGAGAGGUUCCUUUGCAAGUCGAUGGGAUUCCAAAACACCGCCGGUCCUGAGGGACACCAAGCUGUGUCUCUCCGCGUCCAAUCUGAUAUGUCGGCCUUCUUCAAUGUCAGAGUGGAUGGUUACCAAGACUCGUUGUACGUCCAGGCACACAGACAAUUCUAUCGCAACUGCGUCGUUUCCGGCACAGUUGACUUCAUCUUCGGUGACUCUUCUACCGUGAUCCAGAACUCCUUGAUCAUCGUGAGGAAGCCAAUGGACAACCAACUAAACACCGUGACAGCACAAGGCAGAGCCGACAAGCGUGAGACCACAGGGUUGGUGAUCCACAACUGCAGGAUCGUCCCAGAGCAGAAGUUGUUCCCAACAAGGUUCAAGACCCUAACAUACUUGGGCAGGCCAUGGAAGGAGUACGCUAGGACUGUAAUCAUGGAGUCAACAUUGGGAGACUUUAUCCAGCCAGUGGGGUAUUUGCCAUGGUCAGGAAACUUUGCUCUCGACACCUGUAGCUAUCUCGAGUACGGGAACCGUGGCCCCGGCGCUAAGACCAACAGGAGGGUCAGGUGGAAGAAUGUUAGAGUGAUGGGAAGGAAUGAGGCUCUUCAAUUCACCGUUGCUCCUUUCAUCCAAGGGAACUUAUGGUUGAAGGCCACCGGAGUUCCUUACUUACCUGGCUUCAGACACUGAGAAUAUGUAAUUAGGGCACGCAUGGAUCAGUGAAUUGAAUCCAAGAAAUUAAGCAUGCAGGAGAAACCAAUUAAGAUCAUUGAUCAAAUAUCAUUCUACCUUUUUAUAAUGUUAACAUGGAUGCAAGUGUACGUAACGAAAAUUGGAUCAUGAUAAGAAACCAUAUUACAUGAUAUAAUAUGUACGUUAUGAUCGCUUCCUAUAUAAUGCAUGGGUUCUUGAUUAGGCCGUUUUCAUUA